AUGACAAUAAUUAAUCAAAUCAACUCAAAUGGUCCUGAUCAGUGCAAGAUGAGAAACAUCAGUAAAUUGUGUCUUUCUCUCAGCAACCUCCUGUGGUUUAUCAAGUUCUAUUUGAGCAAACAGAUACUUCCCCCCCGAAACCCUCCACCAUCUCACCCCACCCCUCCAACACAGGAGCUCUUACAUAUAUAUCAGUACGAUCUAAGAGGAACAAGAAAUAAUCAAAGAAGCGCAAACAGAACAGCAAGUGAAGCAGUGCCUCCAAGGCGAGUCAACCACUCGGAGAUGCCUGAAUUCGUGCUCCCUCAGAAUACGUCAAGCAAUUUGAAAGAAGUCUACUGCAACUGUAGCUCUACUGGAACUGAAGAGACAGAGAAAAAGAAAGCAAAGAAUUUAACCAAGGACUUGAAGAGUCGGCUGUUUUCUGUAUUACUGAACUCCAAUUCUGAACAUCCGUCCAUAAACUUUCUACCCAGGAUGUCAGCAAAAUUAAAUCUGUCCAUUGGACUGACUCAUGAAGAAGCUAUGCAAUGGUCCAAGUCUUUGGACGUGCUCCUGGCUGAUCCAUGUGGUCUUGCUGCAUUCAGGGAUUUCCUUAAGUCAGAGUUCAGUGAGGAAAACAUUGACUUUUGGUUGGUCUGCGAGGAUUACAAAAAAACCAAGUCUUCUUCAAAACUGGGUGCCAAGGCUCAACAUAUUUACUCAGAAUUCAUACGGAGUGAUGCCCCAAAGCAAGUCAACAUUGAUGGUAAUACACGAGAUUUGGUCAGCAAAAGCAUUCUACUGCCGACCCCUGCUUGCUUUGAGGCAGCCCAGAGAAUUAUCUUCAGUCUGAUGGAGAAAGACUCUUAUCCCAGAUUCCUAAAGUCAGAUGCCUAUUUAAACUUGAUAAACAAGGCAGAGGGCAACAAGAGCCACAGCUAAAUGAGGACUUCCAACCCAAUAACAAAGAAAAGUAUGAAACUUCAAUUCUGUAUUGCUCAUUCCUGAGUGCACCACAAUACUUCAUUGAGUUAGAGAGUUGGAUCUGCUGGGAAGUAUGAAUUAAAUCUGAAACUCAAUAUCAAAUGAACAAUGACUCCGUAUAUAACACAGCUAUGACAAUUCAGAUGAAGGGCUAGGACAAUCUUCAAGGACAAAUGCUGUGCUUCCCAGUGCUCUGGUGUAUGUGUGUAAUUGCAACCCUUCUCACCAUUAUCAAGAUCAUUGUUUUUCCUUCACACAAGAAUUACACGGUGAACAUGUAACAAA